AUGCUUUCUAAAACAAUCUAUAAAAAUAAACAUCCUACACCUUUUAUAUGUAAACAAGGAGAUUCUUUAAAAGCAAUAAUAUUAGACUUUUCCGGAACUAUAUGUGACCCUCAUGUAAUAGCUCCUGCCUUUGCAUUCGUUUAAUCUUUUAAAUAAAUAGGAAUAGAAGUUACUAUGUAAGAAGCUAGAAUACCUAUGGGUUUAAGAAAAGAUUUACACAUAUAAAAAAUGUUAUAAAUUCCUUCUAUAAUUGAGAAAUGGAAAAAAGUAAAAGGGAGAAAUCCUAAUAAACAUGACGGUGAGGAAAUAUUUAAAGAGUAUUUUAUUAAAGCAUAAACUGACUGUAUAAGAGAAUAUUGUAGUUUAAUUCCUGGAACAGCUGAAAUUGUUUAAACUCUUUAGUAAUAAUAUGGUAUUAAAAUAGGGUCUACAACCGGAUUUACUAAAGAACAUACUGAUAUUAUUCUUCAAGAAGCAGAAAAACAAGGAUAUAAUCCUGACUUUGCAGUAGCUGGAGACGAUAUUCAUUUUGAAAUGGGAUUUAGACCUGCUCCUUUUAUGGUUUUUUAAAAUAUGAUGAAAUUCGGGCUUUAUGAUAGAAGGUUAGUUUUAAAAGUCGAUGAUACUGUGGGAGGAGUUCAUGAAGGAUUAAAUGCAGGUGUUUGGACUGUAGGAAUUUAUAAAUAUUCAAAUUAUACAGAUGUUGAUAGUAUGGAAUAAUGGAAUGGUUUUAGUGAAGAAUAGAUUUAGGAAAAAAUUAAUAGGUCAAGGGAUAUUUUGGAAAGUAGUGGAGCUCAUUAUGUUGCUUAGGACAUUAAUGAUUUACCUCAUAUUGUACAAGAUAUUAAUAAAAGAAUUAAAAAUGGAGAAAAACCGUACUAAACAGCUUCUAAAGGACUUUCUUAUGGAUAUCAUAGAGCUGAAGUUAUUGGUGCAUUAGGAAGCAUUGUUUUGAUUUGGGGACUUACUAUUGUUUUAUUAUAUGAAGCUACAGAUAGGAUUAUUAAUAAAUAAAUGGUCAAUGAUCCUCUUUUUAUGCUUAUUACUGCUGUCUUUGGUUUAGUAUGUAAUAUUGGUAUGGCUAAAGUAUUACAUAGUGCUCCUGGACAUUCACAUCAUGGACAUAGUCAUGAUCAUGAUCAUGGACAUGAUCAUGGACAUGGACAUGAUCAUGGCCAUUCACACGGGGCACAUAAACACUCUCAUACUAAAAAAAAUAAAAAAAAAAAUGCUGGAAAUAAACAUAAACACGAUGAUCAUGAUCAUGACCACGACAAUGACCAUGAUCAUGACCACGAUCAUGACCACAAUCACGACAACAAUCACGAUCACGACCAUGACCACGAUCACGAUCAUGAUCACGAUAAUGACCACGAUCACGAUCAUGAUCAUUAACAUGAACAUAGUCAUGGUGAAGGAUGUGAACAUUCACAUACUAUUGAGAUUAGGGAUUAAGAAUAAAAGAAGAAAAUAUAUAUAUAUAUAUAUAUAUAUAUAUAUAUAUAUAUAUAUAUAUAUAUAUAUUAUAUAAAUAUUUUUUACUUAUUUUUCAAAGAAAAAAAAUCUUUCAAAAAUUGA